UACUACAACUACUACUGCUGCUGCUGCUACUACUUAUCAUUUGACAGUUGACGGAUUUCGAAAGCCUAACUCUUCGUGCAUAUGACUCUAAAAAGGGAUUAUGAAACUUGCAAUUUUAUGAAAAUAAAAGAACAUGGAGGAUAGCCAGAGCAUAGAGACAGCCAGACAGGAAACUUCAAACCACGGAGAUGGCGUGCCCAUAAAAAAUCUCGGCCGGCUCGGACAGGCCCUAUGGAGACAGACCCUUAGGCUCAUUUUACUUCUAUAUACCUGCAUAUAUAUACUGGUGUCGUCUGCUUAUAUAUAUCUAAUGAUGGCAGAUGUGCAAAAAAUCAUUUUAGUUACGGGUGGAAAUGGAUUAAUUGGUAAAGCAAUUCAAUAUAUCAUUGAAACAGAAGCGUUACCUAAUGAGAAAUGGGUCUUUGUUGGCUCAAAAGAUGCAGAUUUAUGCAAUAAAAGAGACACAGAAAAAUUAUUUGAAAAGUAUAAACCUACCUAUGUUAUUCACCUUGCAGCUAUGGUUGGUGGUUUAUUUCAUAAUAUGGCUCACAAUUUGGACUUUUUGCGAAAAAAUUUGUAUAUCAAUGACAAUGUUUUACAAACUUCGCAUGAAUAUGGAGUUGUCAAAGUAGUUUCAUGUUUGUCAACUUGCAUCUUUCCUGAUAAAACAACAUAUCCUAUAGAUGAAACAAUGGUGCACAAUGGACCACCCCAUCCAUCCAAUUAUGGAUAUAGUCAUGCUAAAAGAUUAAUUGAUAUUCAAAACAAAGCUUAUCAUGACCAAUAUGGUAGACUCUACACGAGUGUCAUACCAUGCAAUGUAUUUGGACCACAUGAUAAUUAUCAUCCUAGUGCUAGUCAUGUUAUUCCUGGACUGAUAAGAAAAUUGUAUGAUUUAUUGAAAGAUGGUAACACAGAAGAUAAAAUUUUCACAGUGCUAGGAACUGGUAAACCAUUAAGACAAUUUAUUUACAGUAAAGAUUUAGCUAGAUUAUUUAUUUGGGUUCUUAGAGAAUAUAAUUCAGUAGAGCCAAUAAUAUUAUCAGUUGACGAAUCCCAAGAAGUAACAAUUGCACAAGUUGCCGAAGUGUUAGCGAAAGCUUUCGAUUUCAAAGGAAAAAUCAUAUUUGACACAUCUGCAGCCGAUGGACAGUAUAAAAAGACAGCCAGUAACGCAAAACUUCGGCAAUUCUUACCCGGCUUUCAAUUUACGUCUUUUGAACAAGCUAUUGAAGAAACUGUCCAUUGGUAUAAAACAAAUUAUGAUAUAGCUAGAAACUAAGCUGAGCAUGAUAAAAUGUAAAUAUAUUUUAAAUGAUUGAGACUUCCAAUUUUUUUAAUGAUCAAAGAUAUUUAUAUAUAUGAAUUAAGAUUAGAAUAGUAAAUAAUGACUCAAUAGAUAAAAUAAAUGAAGAUAAUAUCAUCAAAGCAAUAGUUAACAAAGUACCGGCAGUCUCUGGGAUACCUAUACAGGAUCUAAUGUAUUUUAAUUUUAAGUUUUUUGUUAUAUUCUAGACCAAUAAAUAGGAAUCUACUUCCUCUGUUGGAUUUCAAUAAUUUGCAAUGUAUAUAUGUAUAUUACAGUUAUGUACUUUAUGUAUAUUAUUUUGG